AUACGCCGAGAUGCUAUCUCCUGUAGAGUACCUCCAGUGUGUUCCGACGGGUGACCCCUGCUGCCUGCACACCUGUCUGUAAUGCAAACUGAAAGCUGUCUACCUGGACAGGUAGUACGGGUAUGUACAGACUUCAGUGUUGUGUAACCAACGCGCUUGUGAUGGUGUUUCAUGUUCUGAUAACCAUCUUAACAAAUAUUUGACUUCUGAAUAUUGUGUUUGUUUGGAGUUGAAGCUUUUAUACCUGUAACAGACUUACCUGGUCGGCACUUUGAUGUCCGGGGACGCUGACCUCCGACUGUGCUAAGUGACCAAUGGUCAGCGAACGCUGCACGAACCAUCUGUCGCAUGGUAUUACUGAGGUGGUUUCAGUUUUGAAAAUUGAAAUCCAACAAAUUCUCGAUGAAUGACCUGCUGCAGACACUAAAAGAAGAGGUGUUAGACCUCCGAGAGCAGAGUGGGGAGCUGACGCGGCAGAUGUGGUUGUUGUAUGUUACAUUUGAAGACGUCAUUUGUAUCAACCAUCCACACCGUGCAGCAGCACUGUUGGCGACAUCAGUCGACAUCGACCACUACCUGCAUCGUCCUGUAGGCGGAAGAAAUCGCCUACCCGUUAGUGGAGAUAAGAGGACAGGGAUAAGAAGGAAAGAUAACGCUCUCAGAAGGAAGAGGAUAAUUAGGUGUGAUCAUCAAGGCUUGAAAGACCCAGUAGGGCGCCAUCCUUCUAACGUUUGCCGCUCUGAUAAAUGUGUUGCAUGCAGAUGUGGUCCUGAGCUGAAUCAACAGUCGUCUGAAAGGUCUUGUUUAGAUCGACAACAGAUUGCCAGCGUAGGACUUGUUUCAUUGGACGUUUCCGUGUCUUACAGAACAGAUUUUGAAUAUAACGAUCAAUCAAGUUGUUUCGUUGGAUGUAAAGGGUUUGGUGUGGAUGGACAUCGUCCUGACUUGGGGCACGUGGAGUGGACAAAGGGGGUAAUAAGACGCCGGCCCGUGGGUAGAGGUUCGUGUAAAGUGACAGGUGAUACUACAAGUGGGUUCUUCACACAGGACCCUAAAACAAAUGACUGCGAUCGUGGGCGUGUUAUCAAUGACCCACUAGACAAUAGGACCACUGGACAGUUCCUGGACAAAGAGAGUAAGGUUACUGGACACUCAACACUAAUGCGAUCGGUCAGCGGAAAAAGGACUGGCCAAUUUGUGGCUGGCAGCUCAUUGGUCAGCCGAGCAAAUCGCCACGGUCAAUCAGGUCACGCUUCAUUACGUGCCGAUUCAGCUGGGGGAUUUGGGUCGGCUAAGGAACAAAUUCGUAACACUUUCACCAACCACAGCAGCGAGAUGAACGGAGGCCCAGUGGCUGUCCAGCAAAGCGCUUGGCACUGCAGGAAUGAUUAUAGUUUAGCAAGGGCUGUACCCGGUCACAGAGUGACCCAGCCAGUGUCUCACCCACCCGCCAGUCCCGUCUGUAGACCCGACUGGAGCAGACGACCCGCUGGAACACACCGAGCUGCAGUUAAGGAGCAGGGCAGCUAUAUGCAUCAGAUAAAACAAACCAGUUCGGGAUACCAGUCGGAUAUGUUGUCAGUGAUAACACAGACGGGUUUCACUCGUCAGGUGCAUAACAGGCCCGACACUGUUUACAGAUCGGAUCGCGCAGCACGCAGAAUGAACGAGUGCAGAGUAGGGAGGAAGUCGAGCCCGGUAGCAGACGACACACAACUGUCACCAGUCACCAUAUCGAGCGGGUAUGAAAGCGACUCGAUCCCGUCUCCCGUUCAAUCAGAACUGGACAAGUUUAAGAGCUGUGUCAACACGGACGAUGACCACACGGACUAUUUCUCUCAGUCGGACACUUACCCUAAGUCAGAUACACGGGAUAAUCAAACACAAGAGGGUACAUGUGGAACAUUGCCAUUGAAGGUGAGAUCUAAACAAGCACCAUUCGCACCAACUCUCGGUAAAUCACGCUUUGUGAGAUUUGGUCAACAUCAUAAUGCCAUACUUCCCAGCUCUCAGUCAGGGCAGCACCCUUCAAUAUGUCAUAAACAGAGUCACAAGUUGGCUAAAGUGACGAGAUCUAUGUAUGCGAUUAUUCAUGAUCUUCAAAACGAGAAUGCCUCGAGGAAGAUGAGACGGCAUUCGAGUGACGCAGUUAAGGAAAACCGCUCAUGUGGGUGUGAGGAUGGAACAGUGUCAAUGUCACCCAUAUUCAGCCCCGAACUUCGAUCCAGGGCAGAUGUGCUUGUAACUCAAAGCGAAUCUGAAGAAAAUCUGCACGUGAGAUACCAAGAUUCUAAAGCAGACGACACCCCCACACGGACCGACUCGGCGUUUAACGAUCCGAGCUUAGUUUCAUCCAAUGAACGAUACUCCCAAAUCAGGAAGCAACAAUGUGCUUUGUCAGGUGUAACACAAAGGUUAUUCAAUAUGGAUAUACGACAACAAAGUGCUUUUGAAGAUGAUAGCAUUAAACCAGCUGAUCGAGCAGACGAUAACCAGCGACUUGAUCAGGUCAUGCGUGGGUCGCCCCGGCAGGGAACAAAAUGCUCGAAAACCAGCGAAGCGCGAAGUGACAAUGAACAUAUAUACGAAGUUAUUCCGGGUGACGAAAGCGUGAUUAGUACACAGGGUUUGGUAUCGUGUGAAAACACCAAGCUAGCACUCGCGAAGUGGACGACUGUGGGUAACUUGGAGACGUCCCCAGAUAUUCCUCCGGCCCUACCUGAGAGAAAAUACACGGGUCAGAAAAUGGACCCCCCGAUCCCUCCAAGGUGCGUGAACGUGUGUAACAACAGUGCUUCAAACAGAGGGGAACGUUCCCUCGUUUUGUGUGAUUCUUCAAACCAGGACUACGCGAUUGUGUGUAAAAAGAAAUCGCUUGAUAACGUGUCUCUCGAUGGAUACUUGGGUCGACAGGACGACUGUGAUGCUUUGUCGGACUUAGACAGUGAGUUGUACGCCCGUGUCUGCCCCCUCAACCCAGACAGAGGAACACUUUUGAUUUUUCCGACCUUACGUCAGAGACAUACUGUCGUUUGGACCCCGUGAAACAGGUCCAGGAAAUAGACCAGUGGUCGUCAGGUGACGUCCUCAACUUCAUCGAUGGCAUCCACGAACAUCACACGCCUAAAACCAGGGCGAAUAUCUACACCCUGCUCCAAAACAGCAAAACGAGAGCAAAAUUUUCGGAGUCACUGGAAAUAGAAACCCAGUUAUUACAUAAAGGAUUAUUAUGUAACCCUUGGGUAGAGGUCAGUAAUGACGUCAUGGAGCCGAUGACGUCAGAGUCAUUCAAACGUGAUUUCCGGCAUGAGAUUCAGCCUUCCUACGUAUAAACUCUGGCUGGGUUGAUAUGAUGUGUAUUGACUGUGAUAAACUGAUCAGAGUGUGAAUCCAUCCACGAAUCAUGGAACCUAUGCAUGAACAUGACCUCUGACACGUGGACAUGACCUGCCUGUGCUAGUAUUUAUUAUUGACUGUAUUCCAUGAUCCACUUCUGGGACUUGUAAUCCAUAAUUAUCACCAUAUGAUUUAACAAAGGUCGGAAUAGCGACCUCGUAUGAUUGGUUGGCGUGAAUGUCAUUGAAUUUGAUACAACUGAGUGAUCUUUGGUAUGAAUGGUGUACUCACUGGGGAAUCAUCAUAUCAUCUGUGUAUGAUUGGUAUACCCGCGGAGUGAUCUCAUGUAUGUGUCCCUUCUGUGUGAUUGGUGAACCUACGCGGUGUGAUCUGUAUAUUGUUAUUUGGUCUCUGAUAUCAUGGAUGAAUGUGAUACCGCUGUGUGAUAUCAUAUGUGUAUGGAUGCCCGGAAUAUGUAAAGAGGAUACUUUGUAUGAUCUGUUUUUAAUGCUCAGUAAACAAUACUUUCAUA